AAGUAAAGCGAUCGAACCAAUACCGAUCAUCAACGCCCGUGGUGUAGUAAACUUUUUGUCGACAUUUUCUGAGUUUCUCGACGGUGGGCGCUGAUCGACACACAACUGUGACUUCAGAUCAACUCAGUUUUCCAUAGCUAGAAUGAACCUACUGACUCCAACAGGACAUGAUGAGUAAAGUAUAAAAACACUCCCUAUUUGGGUAGGACGCCAUUUUUCAUCUGGUUACUUGUGUUUUUGCGUCGCAUGCCAACAAUCUGCAAUAAUGUGACAAGGGAGAACAUUUUGUAAGAAAAUAUAAGUUACACGACCUGCGUGUGGUUCUUGUUUGAUAUUUUUGUCUUGCGCCAUUUGUGUUGAGUUUUCGGUCAAAGAUGAAGAUCAGCACGGUGUUGUUAUUCUUGGCUGUCGUAGCCUCUGCUGCAGUCGUUACUGUGAAUGCUCAGCGAAGGAGACUUCCGCCUAAUCAACUUCCCGGUAUCCUGAGACCAAUCCCCGACACCAGAGGCGUGGAUUUCAUCUUUUGCUUCAUGAGUAAUUUUCUAAUUCCGGAGCGUCUGAUCAUCAUCAUCGGCGGUAACUCACCGGGUCUCACAAGAGUGCGAAUCACCGUACCCGCCCUCAACAUCCUGAGGUACGUCGAGGUGUACGAGAGGCAGACUCGCUUCGUGGAUAUCCCUCCGACCGCUGCGGCAGUCGGUACCGGGUUCCAGAACGGCACCGUGUACAUCCUUUCCGAACAGGUAAUCACCGUUCACGGUAUCAACUCCAUAACCAACACAAAUGAUGGGUUCCUGGCAAUUCCCACGGAUGGUCUGGGACUCGAGUACAUCGUGGCUUCGUACGAUCCAGUCCCGAUUGAGUCGUCGCAGUUCCUCGUGUCCGCAACACAGGAUUUUACACGACUUUGGAUAUCGCCUGUAACGCAGAUCAGAUGGGGCUCUCGACUCUACCAGCAGGGAGAGAGCAUCAUUGUAGACCUCAUGAGGUUCCAGUCCAUUCAGUUCCAGAGUGCGUCUGACCUUACGGGCACACACAUUCGAGCAAACAGACCAGUGUCAGUGGCUUCAGGUGCUUCUUGUACCUUAGUCCCAAUGAAUGUCUAUCGUUGUGACCAUCUAGUAGAGAUGAUACCCCCAGUGCACACCUGGGGUAAACGCUUCACUCUCCUCCCCUUCGUCAACCGAACAUCUGGGUUCGUCUUCCGCGUUAUCGCAGCUCGCCAGCAAACAGAAGUCAACGUAGCCGGUACCAAUUCUUGGCUGAUGCAGAUGGGCGAGUUCAGAGAGUACGACCAGAUAUCCCCUUUCCCGGUGGUAGUGACGGCAAGCAGGCCUGUGCUGGUAGUCCAGUAUGCCAAAGGGUUCGAGAGUGACUUCAUGGGAGAUCCGGCCAUGGUUCUCAUCCCACCUGUGGAACAAUACAUCAUGGGGACUGUGACAUUUGGGACGUUUAACGAGACAUCUCUCAUUUUGCGUAGAGAGCCUCUUCGGAGCUUCGUUGCCGUGUCGGUCUCCUCGGAGGCUCUCUUUGCAGUCAGCCUCAACAAUAUCCCCGUUCUUGACAGCCGAAAGAACAGUAUACCAUCCUACGGUAGGUUAGCCUCGUACGGGGCAGACCGCUCAUUUGAGAUCAGACUUGGAGCCAACACGAUUGCGAACCCGUCAUUGUUCACCAGAUUCGGGGCGAUUGUGUACGGCUUUGGAUUCGGGACGUCGUACGCAAUGCCGGUGGGAUAUCGGUUGAUCCGACAGCUUUGCACUAGCUUGAACCGGGGAACAGAACAGGUGAUUGAAUACGACUGUUUCGACACCAACGUUGGAAAUACUCCUAACCGCAUACCGGGCGAGGGUGAGCCUCCGAUACCUGGUAGCGACGGCAACACGGGCUAUGGCCAAACAACACCUGACCCUAAUAGGGGACCGGGGGGUAAAAUACCGGCCGGAAAUCCAGCUUUUCCGUUUAUCCCGAAUCCCAACUGGCCCGAAGCUCAGAUACCUCUCGAUCCGAUACCUCCACCACAGGAACCCGAUGAUGGAUGUUUCUCCACUGGACUAUUGAUCCUAGGAGCUGCUGCACCAGCAACCGUUGUCUUCCUCAUCAUGCUCAUCAUCCUCUUAACAGUUCAAUACUCUAAAAAAAAGUACUGAAAUUUGACGACCUCACCGCACUUCAAACGAGCCCCACCCCACCCCCUCAUCCGAUGGCAAUUUUGUUUCUGUUCAUCAAAAUUGACACUUUCAUAGUGCUUCUCAUCCCAAUGGGUGGAAGGGAAUCCUUAAAAAAAGAAUCAGGAAAUUAUUUGAGGAUGGCAAUUCCAUACUACAGAAAAACGAACUGCCACGCAACGAGCUCUUGGUGUGGAUAUAACAGGAUACGAAUUCCUGACUAAAUGGAUGUGUGCCUUAAAAGCAGUGGACACUAUUGGUAAUUACGCAAAAUAAUUAUUAGCAUAAAAGCUUACUUGGUGACGAGUAAU